AUAGAGCGAACAAGGCUUCUUCACCUCCACAUCUCUGGGAAGACGCAUGAAGAAGUUCUUGCUUCAACAGUGAUUGAACGGAACUCUUCUGCCUUCGUCCCGCACUAUAUAACAUUCCGGAUUUAUAACGUAACACUUGCUUGAACUUUAAUAGCAACAGUCUAAGAAAUUGUAUUUUUGUACCGUUCAUUUUGAUAUAAAAGGAGAAAAUCUGCCAAAAUGGAGUCUCAGAUCCGUCAGAACUAUCACCGCGACAGCGAAGCUGCCAUCAACCGGAUGAUCAACAUGGAGAUGUUUGCCUCUUACACCUACACUUCAAUGGCUUUCUAUUUCUCCCGUGACGAUGUGGCUCUGCCUGGCUUCGCUCAUUUCUUCAAGGAGAACAGCGACGAGGAGCGCGAGCACGCCGAAAAGCUGCUCUCCUUCCAGAACAAAAGAGGUGGACGCAUUUUCCUCCAGGACAUCAAGAAGCCAGAUCGUGAUGAGUGGGGCAAUGGCCUGGAGGCCAUGCAGUGUGCUCUGCAGCUGGAGAAGAAUGUGAACCAGGCCCUGCUGGACCUGCACAAGAUUGCCUCCGACAAGGUCGACCCCCAUCUGUGUGACUUCCUGGAGUCCCACUACCUGAAUGAGCAGGUGGAGGCCAUUAAGAAGCUGGGCGACCACGUCACCAACCUCACUAAGAUGGAUGCUGUCAAAAACAAGAUGGCCGAGUACCUGUUUGACAAGCACACCCUGGAAGGCCAGAGCUAAACCACAUCCAGGCUACAGCCUCCAGCCUCAGACCAGGACUCCUGGCUUCUCUGAGAUAUCCUACUGGCUUUACAUUUCUAGGGAGGGCAGAGCGUUAAACUGGUACUGCGCAGUGCAACACAGCUGUAACAUUGAGUUUGUUUUGUUGACAACACUAUUUGAUUUUGGAGGGAAGGCAUCUUGUAAAACAAUUAAGUAAAAAAGUCACAAGUUGUUGCUGAUGUUUUCUAAGUGUUGCCACCUGGAGUAAUUUGAUGUUGUAUCAGUCUAUUCAGGUGCUUUGCUCUGUCUUACUGAGCAUCUCAAUACCCAGUACACGGGUCAUCUAUAAGUGUAACUAGUCAUUUUUUAUCUGCACUGAAUAAAACCUUUUGCGCUGGA